CCAAACAUAACCUUCUUGGAAGAGAUGACUCAAUAUAAGUCGUGCUGGUCGCGGUGAGGCACCGCAAAGUAUCGAUGGUGCCGCCAAAGCAGCUCCAUCUCUGUGGUUCCGCGUUUUUUCUUUGAACUCUCCGGAGUUCCUUAAAAACUGCUUUAGUUUCUUUUUUUGUCUCUCGCCUAAUCUUCCGGACACACUGGCGCAGAGGGGUGCUCCUCUGAACAGUAACAGAAAAAAUGUCCGUGCCCCUAAAGGAUGCUUCCAAUGGCACAGCACCCACACACAAUAACAACGAAGAUGAGGGCGUACAGGGGAGAUAUUGCGAUUCCAUUCCUGCUCGCGUGAUUCUCUACCUCCUCUCCUGGAGUGGUUUCCUCGUUUCAUUCAUGAUGCGCAACGACAUCAACAUUGCCAUUGUGGAGAUGACAGCCAACAAGGAUGAACCAGCAACACCGGAUCGCUUUGACUGGUCCUUCAGUGUGCGCUCCAUGAUUUUGGGUACCUUCUAUUGGUGGUACGUCGUAUCUCAGGUAGUGGGUGGCAUUGCUACUCAGAAAUUUGGAACAAAAGCCGUUUUCGGAUGGUCCCAACUGGCAACGGCUGUUUGCAGCCUCCUCAUUCCCAGUGCUGCCCGUUUGCACUACGGAUGGCUCAUUGGACUGCGUUCAAUUCAGGGUUUUGCCUCAGGGCUCACCUGGCCAGCCAUGUACGCAGUUGUGGGCUAUUGGAUCCCACCAACGGAACGUAGUCGCUUCAUGUCGAGUUUUCAGGGAUUCAGUAUUGGUAUCGGGCUCACGUAUCCCCUUUGUGGGUGGAUUAUUGCCAAAUGGGACUGGCCGAGUGUCUUCUACACCACAGGGACUAUUGGUGUGGUUUGGUGCUGCAUCUGGUGGGCUCUUGCCUUCAAUCGCCCAAGUGAGCAUCCACGUAUUGCUCCAGCAGAGCGGAGGAUGAUUGAGGAAGCCGUGGCGGAGGAUAUUAAGGGUGGCUAUGGGAUGUCACCACGUUGGAGGGCAAUCUUCAAAUCCUUCCCCGCGUGGGUGAUUGGCAUCACGACAUUCGGUCGUAUUUGGCUGCAUUACAUGUUCAUCAUGUUUGGGCCGCUCUACAUGAAGGACGUCCUAGGCUUCGACAUUGAGACGAAUGGCAUCCUCUCGGGGGCACCCUUUCUAUGCUCCUACCUCUCAGCCGUUCUCUUCUGUGCCGCAGCCGAUUGGAUGGUGGCUCAUGGAGUCUCCCUCCUACUCGUCCGGAAGAUCUUCACGGCAGUCUCUCAAGUUUUACCCGGUAUCCUUAUUUUCUGCAUCGCCUGGACACGUAGUCAGAUCCCGGUGCUUGUGAUGUGGUUCGUGGCUGUCUCGUGCAUAACAGCUGGGUAUGCUGGUGCCAUGGCCAACAUCAUUGACAUCGCUCCGAAUCUCGCGGGUCCGGUGCUCGCCUUCGCCCAAACCAUUCACAUGAGUGCCUCCUUCCUGGCCCCCAUUGCAGCGUCAGCCAUUGUCAAGGACACCACAUCUACGGAUCAGUGGAUGGCUGCUUUUGGGCUCGCCACGGCCGUUGCCAUUAUCACAUACUUGCCCUACCUUGCCAAAGCACAAGCAACACCGCAGCCAUGGAACUACCGACAGCCCGAAAAGGGCGAGGCAGCCGUUCCGCUGCGUGAAACAACGGAUCCCUGACGGACAAUCUCUUCUUCUAAUUUGCUACUUAAGUCACAUUCCACAUUGUGACCCUGCAUUCCACUUAAUAAUAUGCAACUGUCGAUAGCCUAGGGCACCUUUAAUGCCUUUAAUAGGGGCUCCAAUCCCGCCACAAAGGGAUUUUCUUUUUUUUUCUUCUUAUUUUACAUUAAUAAAUAUUGUAGUAGUUUGUAAAGAGAAUGUUGUACAAAAAGCUCAAAUAAUCAAAUACAGGCCAUAGAGAGUUUUAAUUUAA